AUGGAAAGACUGGUGGCACAACAGCUCGAAGAGAUGGAAAUCUGGGGGCUUCCCCCAUGCUGCAUGCUCGUGGCUAGCAACAUGUGGACGAGAAACCCGAACACCCCCAGAAACACCAGCUGCGCCCACUCUACGGAAUGGGACAUCCUCCACGCAUCGACACCGGUGAUGGUCAGGCACAACGCGGUCAGCCCCAUGGUCCAGGUCGCAAAAUGGUUGACCGUCACGGCCGGAUCCGCCGAUCAGCGGCAUCACCACGUAGGCGGCUGCCCCGCCUGCGACGCCCACAAGAGCGGCUCCCACGGCCGCGAUGCGCUUCUGCUCCAAAGGCAGCAAGUACUUGCCCGCUGUGCAGAGGUCUUAUAA